AUGGCUCAUGCUCGUCCAUCUGUGACAAUACAUGCGAAUUGUUACCGUGUUUUUCAGCAGUCUUUUUGUUGGGAAGAUGCCACGGACGCUAUAUGGGUCGCUUCAGCGUGGAAGUCCCCAUGGCGACACCGACCUCCCCAGCGCAAGCCUCGACUUGAUCUCACUGACAUGACGUUGGUGUCAAUAGGAGGGCCAGUUGCCGAGGCUGUUGGUAUCUCAGGCCUGGCACUUUUACCGCCAGAAGUGCUCCAAAUGGUCAGGUCUUAUAUCCCCGAUAAUCUCCUCUGGCGAUAUUCUCUCAUCCAAAAUAUUGCUGAGGACAUGUCACGGCCCUUCCAAAAUCCCUUUGAGCCUCAACAUGAUGCUACUCGCUUUGCUCUGGCAGCAGUGAAAGCUUGGAAACGCGAAUCAAAAGGGAUGAAUACCACUUUUGAUGAGAGUAAAUCAGAGUCGUUCAUCGUCAGACUUACUGUUGACUGUCUUGGCUUGAAAGAGAUCCAAAGAUUACAUGAUUGGCCAGAGUAUAACCACACGCGGUCCAACACUUACACAUACGUUUUCUUCACACAAGGACAAGCGGAUAGAUCUUUCAUUUAUUCAAAGUUUGGGCGAGCUUUCAUCGAUAAUCCUGAUGACUCUCAAGACUUCCCAUUUUGGGACACGUCAAACCCUCCCUUGAGAGGAUUGAAAAUGUUUCCGCGGCCAGAUCGUCCAGGUUCCAUCCGUUACCGCACUGUCGAUCUCCUCAAUACCACAGGACUUACCUUCUUCUUUCUGAGAGGUUUCAUAGUAGCAGUUCACUCCCACACAGUGAACGCACCAGUUGCAGCACCAGCUAUACAACAUUUCUCUCGAUAUGAACAAGGUUAUAUGAUAUGGACGUACAUCCCAGUAUCCAGUACUGAUAUCCUCCUUCGGAUCGGUGUGGGGGACACUUGGCAAAGAAGUAUAGAGAUAUGUACCAAACUUACCGGGACCUGCCUCUUUGGUCCUUACGACUGUUAUAUGGACACUCGCGAUGUAUCGGGAAAUACGCCAUCUGUACUUGUUCAUAAUGUACCGAUUGAGAGGGUAGGCGGUUCACUCGGUAUAGUUACCGAGCAUAACUUGGAGAGUGAACCCUUGUUGUCGUUUCCUCGCUACCACAACGACGACAUGGAUCCCCUGGGUAUGGGCUGUAUUAACACUGUAGCUCCAGCGAAAAAUGUCACUCAUGCUGAUGUCUAUUACGAUCGCAGAAAUGGGUAUUGUAAAGGAUUGCUCCUGGCGUAUGCAAACGGUGCGCAGCGGGCGAUAGGGCAAUGCCGGGUUGGUAUUGACCCUUUCAAAGCUUACGAAGAGCCAUCCUGGUUCUGUUCCCGCAAGAUCUAUCAUCCAGAAUUAUCCGAAGAAACCGGAAGUUGUGUUGUUGAGUGUACGACUGGCACGAAUGACCACAAGCAUGAACCUUGCGACAUUGAUGAUUGGCGGUGUAUGCGCGCACGAGCAGGAUUACGUCUUGAGUUCGUGUGCCACUACAUGGCAAACACUUUUGAGAUUUAUACUCGACAUGAUGAGGAAGAGGACGACGACUAA